AUGGGUCAGAGUCAGUCAACAGGCUCAAACAACGAUGACGCCGGUCAAGAAGCCGAGCAUCGUGCGGACUACUACGAGCUUCUGGGAGUAGAACGAGACGCAACAGAUGAUGAAAUAAAAAAAGCCUACAGAAGAAAAGCCCUCGAACUUCACCCAGACCGAAAUUACGGUGAAGUCGAAGCAGCCACAAAACUCUUCGCUGAAGUACAAUGCGCCUACGAAGUCCUCUCCGACCCCCAAGAAAGAGCAUGGUACGAUUCACACCAGUAUGUAGAGUUUGCCGAAGAUGGAGCCGCAACAACUGGUCAGGACCAACAGCCCGCGUCGGGGGGUUUCAAAAUGACAUCCUCCGCCAUCACGAGUCUAGUAAUGAAUUUCAAUCCGCAUAUGGAAUUCUCGGAUUCUCCGAGUGGGUUUUUCGGUGGUUUGCGAGAUAUUUUCGACCAGAUCGCGACAGAUGAAGGGAUAGCAUGUCGAUGGGAUGGGUCUGAGCCUGUGGACUACCCCAGUUUCGGGGCCAAGCAGGACUCAUACGAAGAAGUCGUGCGUCCGUUCUAUGCCGUAUGGACAAGCUUUUCAACCAAGAAGUCAUUCGCAUGGAUGGAUAAAUACAAAUUGAGCGAAGCACCCGAUCGACGGAUUCGGCGAUUGAUGGAGAAGGAAAACAAGAAGAUGCGCGACGACGGGGUCAGGGAGUACAACGACGCAGUGCGCUCACUCGUUGCGUUUGUUAAGAAGCGUGAUCCGCGAUACAAGUCCAAUAUCCAAACGGAGGCUGAGAGACAGCGCAUGCUCCGCGAGUCUGCGGCUGCGCAGGCAGCGCGUUCGCGCGCGGCGAACCAGGCCAAGAUGCAGGAUCAUGUCAUCCCUGAGUGGGCGCAGACCCACGAAUCGCAACCGGGUGAGGACGAGCAUGAAGGCCAGUUCUUCAGUAGCUCCGAAUCCGAAGUUGAGCAUUUUGAGUGCGUUGUGUGUAACAAGCUGUUUAAGAGUCAGAAGCAGUUUGAGGCGCAUGAGAGGAGUAAGAAGCAUAUCAAGGCUGUCAAGCAGUUACGGAAGGAGAUGCUGCUUGAGGAUGAGGAGCUUAAUCUUGAUGUGGAUGAGGAGCAGGAGGUGAGGCUGGUCGAGUCUGAGGACGAUGUCGACCCGGCAGUGGUACAUAAUACUGCAGAUAAGGUCGAUAAUAUCAACGAGAUAGAAGACACCAAGAAUACACCCUUGAAAUCAGAUAUUGCAUCACGAAGCCCGUCUCCUUCCGCCUCCGAGGACGAGGAUGAGGAUUACAUCGACCCAACCCAAACAAAAACAGAAACUACAUCUUUAUCUACCAGUUUAAUCGCAGAGGACGACGAUGAAGACCUGGAAUCAAAAACCGCCACAACAGCAAAGCUAGGAAAAGCCAAACAAAAAAGAGCCAAGAAGCUAGCAGCGCAACAAGUAGCCUCUUCUACAGACGCGCAAAAUAUAUGCGCGCAUUGUCAAGCUACAUUUACUUCGCGGACACAAUUAUUCUCGCACCUAAGGGAAACAGGCCAUGCUCAGCCCGUUCAGACGGCGCAGUCAAAGUCUAAAAAGGGCAAGAAAUCUAGAAAGUAA